UCACUCACGAUCAACCUCUCCCUCACUCUUCAUCGCAUCUUCGUUUUCCUCCGUUGCUAUGGAGAGCUCGUCAGAGGAGGAGGCAAGUGAUUCUUCUUCUCUACUCGGGUUGAGUAAAAAUGUCCGCAGCCGACUGACAGACGAGGAAAAUAAGAAACGUGAACAGGAGAAGUGGGCCAUGCUUGCUGGCCAAGCUGUCUACAAACUUGAGUCGAAGAUCUUCCAAGAGGUCCUUCCAGAAAACCUCAUUAAACCUCACAUCUUUCCACGUACGGUAUCCGACAUGGAAUCACUAAUCGACAACUACCCUGAAAAUGAGAGCCAGACAAGAUUAGAAAAUGCCGGCGAUAAAUGGAGAAAUUUAAAAACUAGGUUGGGCUGGAAUCCAUCCUUAGAAAACGUUCUCGCCAUUAUAAAGAAGGCCUACUUGAAUAUAUCAAACCCACUGGAGGUGAUGAUGCGACUGGAUAAAGAGAGUGGCAAGAGUGCGGAUGAGACAAACACCGCGUUUCGCAACUCUCUUCCCCAGAAGCUCUGGGAAUCAGGAAAAACAGUUGUGGCUAUUAUGAUUAAACUGGAACUUCUAAAAGAAAAUGAUAUUGAAGGGGCUGUCAAUAAAACUUAACAUCCUCCAUCGAUGAAGUCAUAUUACAACCAAAGAUCGGUAUUUUCUAAUAAACGGAGUGCUUUAUUCAUUUAUUCUGCACAGAUUAUAGUAAUAGGGCCUGUGGAUGUGAUUUUAAUUGAAAAUAUUGUUUAAAUAAAGUAGGCCUAUAUGCAGUGAAUAAAUUAAAAUAUAGUACACAAA